GGGGGGAAAACAUGAAUGAGGUAAAGGAGGCUCUAAGAAACAUAGAGCAGAACUACAAACUCUUCCUGCAGCAGCGCUUCACCUUUAUCGGGGCGCUGCAGCACAGCCGGGAGAACGCACACGACAUGCUCAGACCUGUGGGCAGCAUCGACCAGGUCGAGGGCUACUUGAACCAUCACUGCAACAAUACCACAGACAGGAGAAUCCUCAGCAUGUUCAUCAACAUCUGCAAUGACCUAAGCAAGCUCUGCCAGCAGCUGGAAACCGUGCACCCUGGUAACAGCACAACCAAUGGCAUUUUGGAGAGGUGCAAACUGCUCCUCAGCCACAGCAAUGACCUGAGUGCCAUCAGAGCCAAAUACCCCCAUGAUGUUGUGAAUCACCUGAGCUGUGAGGAAGCAAAGAAUCACUAUGGAGGGGUGGUGAGCCUCAUCCCCAUCGUUCUGGACUGCAUCAAGGACUGGGUGGCACACAUCGAGAAGCUGCCGUGGCGUAAUGUGAGUGGUGGGAGUGCUCUCUCUAAGGGGACACCCCAGGAGGCAGCAGCUGGGGCACCCAGGUCCCAAACACCACCUCCUGUGCACCUCGGGGCUCAGACCUCAGUUAGAAACAAAGAUAAAGUGCAGGAGAGUAAGAAUGUCCAGAAGAAGGACCAGAAUGACACAGAAAAUGACAGGGGGAAACAGAAGGGUCCCUGGAAGCCUCCAGGUAGACAUGCCUUUUAA